AGACAUAACCGGUUGUCUUAUUUCUUACUUCAUUUCGUACUUUGGUCCUUCAAAAUGCAACCAUGUGGGAUUCUUGCAAAAUACCGUUAUUGGAACCGCUUGUCAAAUUUAUGUAUUGCAUUUUUGUUUUUUGUGUAAACUUAGAAUUGAAUAUGAAAGCAUAUUUAGAAAAAUAAUAGCAAUUAAACGGGGAAAAAUUUACCAAGAACGGGAAAUGGAUAACAUUAAAACGCCAGAGGCGCUUGAUUGCAGCUAUGCAAGUCUGUGUUGCUACUCGCCGGUGAUUCCAUUUACCGGGUUUGGCGUCCUUGGUGUUACCUGGACAGGAGCGGCAUCAGCUGCUGCAACUGCUACAGAAACUUUGGAUGCGUCUAUGUUUCCUCCAUAUUCAAAUUCCGUCGAAUUGUUUACGAAUCGGCGAAUAGAGAAAUCCCACUGGAUAUGCGAUUAUUCCGACGAUAUUUUCCAAACGUUGCGCGAAACAGAGUUACGCCGAAAUGUUUUAAGUUUUCAAUCGGAACAAUGUGGUUUUCGACCGGUAAUGUUGCGUUUAUUGAAGGUGGCGACAGAAGUGCAUCAACUUUCGCGAACAACUUUACAUUUAGCGCUUUACUUGUUAGAUGGUUUCAUGGACAAUUACACCAUUCGAACAGAAAAACUAAAUUUAACAGCAAUAACAUGUUUAAUAGUAGCUGCCAAAAUUGAGGAAGCCGAUAUUAAUGCACCAAAAUUUGCUGAGCUCAAUAAGUUAGUUGGUGAUGUUUACACAUUGGACGAUUUCCGCAAAGCCGAAAUGAAGGUUUUAAUGCUAUUUCAUUUCGACUUGAUUCGCCCGACAACGGCCACCUUUGCUGAGUACUUUGCUAAUAACAUCAUAACGCUGGACGAUUUUCAUUUAUAUUUGCAAAAUUGGCAUGGUGGCAUAUCCGAUUUUCGUACCAUAUUGCAGCAUCAACAACUGAACGAUGCAACACCUGACAUAGUACCACCUUAUUACCGUACUUAUGAAGAAAUGGCUACAGUUUUAAGCAAGUUAUUGUUUAAUCUUGUAGAUGAGACUUUGAGCUAUAUCAAGUUCGUCAACGCCAGACCAUCAAUAAUUGCUGCAUCUUGUAUUGCAGCUGUGCGGCAUCUUUCCUUCGUAACGCCUCUUUGGACGCCUUAUCUUGUAAGUGUAACUGAAUGUACGCAGGAUAUGAUCGAACCUUGUAUGGAAGCUAUAAUUGCCUUGCAUAACUUACAUAUAAGUAAAGUGCAAGCAAUGCUAUACGCAGCGGCUAAACUAUCGAACGCAGGAGCCACUCCAUGUGAUAGUCCGGAGUCUGGUUUCGUAUCUAUAAGCGAUAUGAAAUCUGAAUCGUCGGAAAAUGAAAGUGACCUUGGUGAAUGCAAAUUUCCCCAAACCGAAUGUACGGUAGUUCUAGGCAAGAGGUCGCGUUCAGCGGCGUUCAGCGAUGAAAGUGACGACGAGCAGGAGAAUACUUCGUGUUUGAGCCCUAAUUUCCCGUUGUUGGGAAAACGUAGGCGAAUGUUAGAAAACGAUGAUGGUGUUAUUUAGCUAUAAAUUAUAUUGGGGUUUGUCUUCAAUAGUAAGUUUUUCUUAAAUACUUCUUAAUUUUUUUUAGUUAUUUUCUUUCUUCUCUCAUAUUGAAUAUUCUUGUUAUGUUAAACAGAUACAAAUGUAUGUAUAUUCCUGGCCGUUACCGUGGUUUGAAGUUUUGGUUAAACCUAUGCAAAAAAUUGCAAUAAAAAGAAAAAAACAGAUUGUACAAUGGAAAUAAAAUAUACCAUUUCAGAAGCUUCUUGGGAUUUGUUAAUACAUUUUUUAAAGAAUAUUUGCU